AUGGCGGGCGUGAGCUACUCGCCGCCCUGGUGGGUGAGUCUGCUGCACCGCCUGCCGCACCUCAGCCUGCGCUGGGAGCUCACCGCCGCCGACUUCCGACCGCACGACGCCGAGUACCAGCAGGCCCUGCUGCUGUUGGGUGGCAUUGCUCUGUCCUGCCUGGCUCUGGACCUGCUCUUCCUCCUGUUCUACUCCUUCUGGCUGUGCUGCCGCCACCGCAAGAGCGAGGAGCACCUCAAUGCUGACUGCUGCUGCACGGCCUGGUGCGUCAUCAUCGCCACCCUCGUCUGCAGUGCUGGAAUUGCUGUGGGAUUCUACGGGAAUGGGGAGACCAGCGACGGCAUCCACCGGCUGACGUACUCGCUGCGCCACGCCAACCGCACCGUGGCCGGCGUGCAGGACAGGGUACUGGACACUGCAGUGGCCCUGAACCAAACAGUGGAACCCAACUUGCUCGUCCUGGAGGAGAUGUUCAAGAAGCAGACAGACUACCUGCAAAUUGUCCAGAAACUGCAAAGUCUCCUGGAUAAUCUGGUCAGGCAAACGACUGAGAUCCCCUUCUGGAAGAAUGACGAGCUGUCUCUGGAGGAGCUGGCAAUUCAGAUUGACCUCUAUGACUGGUACAGGUGGCUGGGAUACCUGGGCCUGCUCCUGUUCAAUGUCCUGAUAUGUUUGCUGGUGCUCUUUGGGCUCAUUAGAAACUCCAGGGCCAUUCUUAUGGGGGUGUGCUUGCUUGGGGUGUUUGCCCUGAUUGUCAGCUGGGGAUCCCUGGGCCUGGAGCUGGCUGUUGCUGUGGGCUCCAGUGACUUCUGUAUCAACCCUGAUGCUUAUGUCUCCAAAGUGGUUGAAGAGAAUGCAGUGCUCAGUGCUGAGACUCUCCGCUAUUACAUGACCUGUAGUGCUGGGUACCCCAACCCCUUCCAGCAGAAGCUGUCAGGAAGUCACAAGGCUUUGGUGGAAAUGCAGGACGAUGUGUUGGAGCUGAUGAGGUCAGCGAGCAAGGAGCACCCCACCUCCAAGGAGUACCUUACUCGGAUCCAGGAGGUUUUGAACUCCACAGAGAUCAACUUGCAGCAGCUGACAGCUUUGGUGGACUGUAGGAGUCUGCAUUUGGAUUACAUCCAGGCUCUGACAGGAUUCUGCUAUGAUGGAGUGGAAGGCCUCAUCUACCUGGUUCUCUUCUCCUUUGUCACAGCCCUCAUGUUCAGCUCCAUUGUCUGCAGCGUCCCACACACUUGGCAGCAGAAGAGAGGCUCAGAUGAUGAUGGGGAAGAAGAAUCAGCUGCUCAAGGGAGCAGGCAGACACACGAUAAUCUGUACAGAGUGCACAUGCCCAGCCUGUACAGCUGUGGCAGUAGUUAUGGCAGUGAGACCAGCAUCCCUGCAGCAGCACACACAGUCAGCAAUGCUCCCGUCACGGAGUACAUGAGCCAGAAUGCAAAUUUCCAGAACCCCCGUUGCGAGAAUACCCCGCUCAUUGGCCGGGAGUCCCCACCUCCCUCAUACACCUCCAGCAUGAGAGCCAAAUACCUCGCCACCAACCAACCUCGUCCAGAUGCUGGCAGUGUGCAUUAAAAUGAAAAAGCAAAAGCAAAAAGCAAAAAAAAACAAAAACAAAAAACAAAACCCACACGUGCAGUCAGACUAAACAAUGUGCCAACUGCUGUGCCCCUGUGCUGUCCUUGUAGAACAAUCCUGCUGUUCUGCCCAAAGUCUAGUGCAGCUCCUUCUGUUUCUCCAGUCCAGACCACCCUUCCAACCUGGUUCCUGGCCACUGAGUGGAAGCUCCUUUUGAAUUUAAGCCUUCACCCUGUAGUACAAGAGAGCAAACGUGUGCUGGCCAGCAGCUGACAGCACCUGGGCAGGAACCUGGCCCUCAGCCUGUGGGGCAGCUCACCAGAGCAGCCUGGCAGGAACAGGGGGUGAAAAUCUUCUGCCCCCUUCUUCCCCCGUUCUGUUCCAAGAGGGACUUGGUGAAAGAUGGUGGUAGAUCUGCUUCACUCCUGCAGUGGGACCAGCAGCCUGCCAGACUCUGAAGAAGCAGCACUGGGUGCCUGUGGCUGGUGUGCAACGAGGGAAUGCUGGGGAAUGCACAGCUCAGCACCUGGUGGGAAUCCUCUGGUGAGGGAGGAGGGAGCUCCUGCCUCAGGGUGUCACUGCAUAUCCACUGGAAUUUGCUCCAGAAGAGCAAACCAUUUCACUACCCUGGUUAACUUUUUUUUUUUUUUUUUUAAUCCA